ACCAAAAUAAAUGCACCCAUUUGCCGACACUUUUCAUUUCCCUAUAUUGGUAUCACCCAAUAAAAUUCCUCCACUUUUUAUAUCCUACUUUUAGCUCUUUAUCUUCUGCUCAUUUUUACUAGUCCUUUCUAUUCAAGAGUCAAACUUGUACAAACAGCUGCAGCUUGCAAGAUAUUUCAUACGAUAUCAUAACUUCCUGUGUUGAGGUUAAAAAAUUAUGUGAAUUUACAGCUUGACAAUAUACGUUCCUGGUUAAAGUUUGCAACAAGGUUGUUAAAGAAUCAGGAUCUUUACUAAACUUCUUUGGCAGAUCUUGCAAGUUAUUAGUUCGAGGUUAACCUGAAGAGAUGAUAAUGUUUGAUGAAAUUGGGUUUUGCGGAGAUCUUGAUUUCUUUUCUGCUCCUCCUACAAUUGAAGGAGAGGUGACGGCUCCACAGACUGAGUUUGAGGCUGCAGUCGAGGAUGAUUAUACUGACGAGGAGAUGGAUGUCGACGAGCUUGAGAGGAGAAUGUGGAGGGACAAAAUGCGAUUGAAAAGAUUAAAAGAAUUGAAUAAGGGGAAAGAAUAUGUUGAUGUUGCCAAGCAAAGACAGUCUCAGGAGCAAGCAAGGAGGAAAAAGAUGUCGAGAGCACAGGAUGGAAUUCUAAAGUACAUGUUGAAGAUGAUGGAAGUUUGUAAAGCACAAGGUUUUGUGUAUGGAAUCAUUCCAGAGAAAGGAAAACCAGUUAGUGGUGCAUCAGAUAAUCUCCGUGAGUGGUGGAAGGACAAGGUUAGGUUUGAUCGUAACGGACCUGCAGCUAUAGCAAAAUUUCAAGUGGAUAAUUCGAUCCCGGGAAAGAAUGACGGCUGUAAUUCAAUUGGUCCAACACCACAUACUUUGCAAGAGCUUCAGGACACAACUCUUGGUUCACUACUAUCGGCUCUCAUGCAGCAUUGUGACCCUCCACAGAGACGGUUUCCACUAGAGAAAGGUGUCUCACCACCCUGGUGGCCCUCAGGUAAUGAGGAAUGGUGGCCUCAAUUGGGUUUGCAAAAGGAUCAAGGGCCUCCACCCUAUAAGAAGCCGCAUGAUCUUAAGAAGGCGUGGAAAGUGGGUGUUCUCACAGCAGUCAUCAAACACAUGUCCCCUGACAUUGCUAAGAUUCGCAAGCUUGUCAGACAGUCAAAAUGCUUGCAGGACAAGAUGACUGCAAAGGAGAGUGCUACUUGGAUUGCCAUAAUUAACCAAGAGGAAAGCAUAGCUCGUGAACUUUAUCCUGAUUGUUGUCCCCCUUUGGCCUCAUCAGGCAUGAGUGGAUCUUUCAUGAUCAAUGAUAGUAGUGAGUACGAUGUUGAAGGGGUUCAAGAAGAACCAGACUUCGAAAUACAAGAGUGUAAGCCCAACAAUCUGAAUCUGUUGAAUAUAGAUAGAACAAAAGACAGGCUUCCAGUUCAGCAAUUAAGCCACCCCAUCAAGGAUGAAGCCUUUAGCGGAUUUGAUUUCACCAGGAAAAGGAAGCCUGCCAAUGAAAUGAACAAUAUGAUCGAUCACAAGAUAUACACUUGUGAGUUCCUCAGGUGCCCUCAUCGUGAAUUAUGUCAUGGCUUUUCUGACAGGUUGUCUAGAGACAAUCAUCAAUUGAAUUGUCCGUAUAGAAGUGGUUCUUUGGAUUUUGGAGUUUCUAACUUCCAUAUGAAUGGAGUGAAACCGGUGUUCAAUCACUCAUUUGUCAAGACAAAUCCAGAGUCUACAGUUGCCAAUUCAGUCCCUCCUGCCUUUGACCUAACAGGACUAGGAGUUCCAGAGGACGGGCAAAAGAUGAUCAGCGAUCUCAUGUCUUUUUAUGACAACAAUAUUCAAGGAAAUAGAAAUACAAAUGUUGGUAAUAUCCCUAUUACCAAAGACCAGUUUCUUCAUCAACCAAACAUUCAUUGUCAAAAUGACAACUUCCUCCAUAAUCAAAGGAUUGUGAUGGAAGAUAAUCUGUUCGGAGAGACAAACAUUCCCAAUAAUCAUUCAUCAUUCAUCCAAGAUCAUCAGUUCGACCAGAGCAAGGUUUUGACUGGUCCCUCAAGUGUUCAAUCCGCGGACAGUUUCCACCUAAUGUAUGGAUCAUCAUUCAACGGAUCAUCAAACGGUUACAUGGGGAAUCCAGCUGGAGUUUCAAGAGACGCAUUACCAAAACAAGAUGUCCCGAUUUGGUACUAGUAAACCUUAAAAUGUCAGUCUUUCGUGGUUAUCAACAUCUGUUCUAACGAGUCGAAAAGUCUGCAGUAUGGUUGUUUGUUGCCCCUCCUAAUUAAUGGUUGUUUUAUAAACCAUAUAGCAGUAGUAGAUGUGACCUUAAAUUUGGUGGUGUAAUAAUCCAAUGUGUAGUAUAUUGAUCAAUGUUGAAUAAAUAAUAUAGUUGCAUUUUGUCAAA